AUGGAUACAGGCGUGCCACACGACAGCACCGACGUCUGGCGCUUCCUCGACGUCUCGGCCGACGACAGCGCGUUCCUUGCGUCUUUAGCUGGCGCCGAUCCUAUUCGCCCUAGACGGAAGCGCAAGACGCUCAAGUCGGAGCUCGACUACUUGCGGGCCAAGCAGGUCGAGCUCACAAACGAGCUAGCGCAGCUCCAAGGCCGCAUAGCAGCGAUUCCGCGCGACGCCAUUUGGCAGCGGCGCGCCUACGACCAGGCCAUGGGCGCGCACCGCGCACUGCAAGAACGUGCGCAGCUCCAGGACGCUGUACAGCAGCAGCUGCAGCAGCUGCAAGCGCUCGAGGACGAAUUCAUGGCGGCCAAGCGCACCAAGGUCGCGCCACAUGGAGUGCUGCAGCAAGACGCCGUUUUGGACGCAGUUGACCGCGAGGCCGCUCUCGAGGUGCUUUUGCAGCGCCAGCUUGAGAAGCUUGAGUCCGAAUGGGUUCGCCACCGCGUCUACGAUGCGAUUGACACGAACGCAAUGCUGCAGAGCUCGCACUUGGAGCCGGUUGCGGAUACCGUCCUCCUUCGGUUUCUGCGCUGCGAGCCGUAUGCGCUACCGUGCGAUACGAUGACGUCGGUGCUUUGGACGCAUCUCACGCAGCGGUCGCCGCCACCUGGCCACGACGCCGAGACCUUUCAUGCCGAUCUCGCCUACACAAGGCAAGACUCGAUACUGGAGCUGCCGUCUCGGCCAACGCUCGAGUCGCGCUUGGCGUGCCGCCGGUGGGUCCAGGAAGACCGAACGGUCAUUGCAUGGCGCUCGAUCGUUUGCGAUGCACACAAGCCACACGACGCCUCACACUUGAUCGAGAAUGCGUGGGGCUGGGCGGUAGCGUAUCCCCGAGGACCCGACGCAAGCUACUUUGCUGUGUUUUUGAGCAUGACGGCGCCGCUCUCGUCGUCCGCGCGACGCGACGACGACGACGUGGGCCUUCUCACCGAGCUUCUCUUGAAAAUCACGCAAGACAACCGCGAUCAAGUCACGGCCUUUGUCCAUCAAGCUGCGCAACGCGUGGUGACGUCGUGACGUCAUCCAGUCACGAUGGCCAUUAUGUAAUACAAGGCACGAUCGUCGGCCACUCAUGACCUGUAUCGCCACCUCCCUUUCCAAGGCUACCACCGAAUCACAGAGGUAUUUGCGGUCUGCCAUGGAGGCCAUGCGGGUCGUUUGGAGCAUCUCGGUGGUACCAUCCUCCGUUCGUGCAGAGAAGGUAUGGAACGCGUCGAAGGGAUAGUACUGUACAUCAAACACUUGUGUUUUGUCGCUGAA